AUGAGCACACCCACGUCUUCCUUCAACGAGCGUGUGGCUGCCGCCGAACUGCCAUAUUCUGGGCCCGCCUUAUACAACGCUCGUAGAGCCCUCUGGUUAUCGUCACUUCCAAAUCUCCCGUCUCGCAACCAAGACAACCCUUCCCGGAAAAAGCUUGAGGCUUUACUCGACGAGCCAGGUGCUACAGAAGACGAUGCAGUAUGGGAUGCUGGUGUGGAUAGGGUGUGGCGGGGUUUGGUGGGAGGUUCUAGACUGAAGCAUCGGCUCCCUCUUGUCCUGGUCCUCAAAAUUCUACAAGCAGGCUGGAUACGUGAGGGCACAUGGCCGAGAGGAGCGGUACCCCCAGACUCCGACGAAGGCGUUGGCCUUCAAGAUGAACCUGCACAUCAGUCCGUCCCGCCAGUCAUCUCCGGGAUGUCCGGGGCGACUACACCGGGGUCUGCGGCAGACCGCAGUUGUACUGUCGAGGAAACUGGAUUUUAG